GGCCACAGCCGUGACCAUGGAGCCUCCCCCCUCUCUGAGCUUGGCUCUGCUAGGAGGGAGCGAGGAUGAGGACCAGCGCUUCCUCCUUCCACUGGGUAGUAUAUCCCAUCCCUCCACCACUGGCAACCAGCCAGGAUCAAACCACUCCAACCACAUGGGAGGAUCAAGCCUCGACCGUCUAAAUGGCAGCACCCCGUCCCCGUCCCCUGCCACGCCCAACUUGCCUCCAGCAUCGCUCCCCAAGUUGCCCCUGUCAUCCUCUGGAGCCCAGCCUAUGCCCCCACCCAUUCCCAACGCCCUGCACCCCACCAGCACCCCGCUCUCCUCCUGCCUGGGCUCACAGCACAGCCUGAGCGGGGACAACUCCCCGGUCUACAACGCCCUCUUUUACUCCUCCCACUCGCCCUCCAUGGAUCGGGAGCGUGACAGGGACAGGGAAAGAGAGAGGGGCUGCAAACACCGUCAGGCCAGUCCUCUGGUCCACCGUAGGGACAGUAACCCCUUCACGGAGAUCGCCAUGAGCUCUUGUAAGUACACAGGCGGGGUCAUGAAGCCCCUGAGCCGCCUCAGCGCCUCCCGCAGAAACCUCAUCGAAUCAGACAGCAGCAGUGAAACCAAAGAGGGCGGUGUUUCAGCUGUUGCUGGGGCAACGGCUGCUGGUGGGCAUGACCGACAGCGAGAAGCCCCUCCUACCUAUUUGGUGGCCCAGUCCUCUGCCAAUCAACCCCUAAUUCAGACCCCCCCAGAGAUCGUGAUUUCAUCCAAAGAAGACUCGCCAUACCCCAGAGGAGGGUAUGACAUCACUGACUCCACAUCCAACCAGAUGUCUAUCUACCACCAGAACCACGCGCUGGUGGAGAGCAGGCGGGCGCAGCCGGGGAGGGGCAGCAGGCAAGGAGGGGUCGGGGCAGUGGGCACAGGGGCCAGGGGCAGCACCUCCAAGGCCCCUAAACGGAAGAACCAAAACAUUGGCUAUAAAUUGGGGCAUCGCAGGGCGCUGUUUGAGAAGAGAAAGAGGCUGAGUGACUAUGCUCUCAUCUUCGGGAUGUUUGGCAUCGUCGUCAUGGUGAUUGAGACAGAGCUGUCGUGGGGCGUGUACAACAAGAGCUCCAUGUAUUCGCUGGCCCUGAAGUGUCUGAUCAGUCUGUCUACAGUCAUCCUGCUGGGCCUCAUCAUAGCCUACCAUGCACGGGAAGUUCAGCUGUUUGUCAUCGACAACGGAGCCGACGACUGGCGCAUCGCCAUGACGAUGGAGAGGGUUCUGCUGAUCGCUCUGGAGCUGCUGGUGUCCGCGGUGCAUCCAGUGCCUGGGGACUUUAAGUUUCAGUGGCGGGCGCGGCUAGCCUUCUCGUAUGCGCCAUCACAGGCCGAGGCUGACCUGGACAUGGUGCUGAGCGUGCCCAUGUUCCUGCGCCUCUACCUCAUCGCCAGAGUCAUGCUUUUGCACAGCAAACUCUUCACCGAUGCCUCCUCCAGGAGUAUAGGUGCCCUAAAUAAGGUGCAUUUUAACACACGGUUUGUAAUGAAAACCCUCAUGACUAUCUGCCCCGGGACGGUGCUGCUGGUCUUCAGCAUCUCUCUGUGGAUCAUCGCUGCCUGGACCGUACGAGUGUGCGAGAGGUAUCAUGAUGCCCAGGAUGUGACCAGUAACUUCCUGGGAGCUAUGUGGCUUAUCUCCAUCACUUUCUUGUCCAUCGGCUAUGGAGACAUGGUUCCUCAUACCUACUGUGGCAAAGGAGUCUGUCUGCUUACAGGAAUCAUGGGUGCAGGCUGUACGGCUCUGGUGGUUGCCGUGGUAGCCAGGAAGCUGGAGCUGACCAAGGCUGAGAAACACGUACACAACUUCAUGAUGGACACGCAACUCACCAAGAGGAUAAAGAACGCAGCGGCCAACGUGCUAAGAGAAACCUGGCUCAUCUACAAACACACCAAGCUGAUGAAGAAGAUUGACCACUCCAGGGUCCGCAAACACCAGCGGAAGUUCCUCCAGGCUAUACAUCAAUUACGCAGUGUGAAAAUGGAGCAGAGGAAACUCAGUGAUCAGGCCAACACACUAGUGGACCUCUCAAAGAUGCAGAGUGUCAUGUAUGAGCUCAUGUCGGAGCUCAACGACCGCAGCGAGGACUUGGAGCGUCAGAUGCUGUCUCUGGAGCAGCGGGUGGAGCAACUCACCGCCGGCUUCAACACCCUGCCUGCCCAUCUCUCUGCCACCCUCAGCGCCCAGCAUGCCGCCCUGGUCCACUUGCUUCGAGAGAGGGAUUCGAGGGACGGUAGAGGAGGUGGUGGAGGAGGUGCUGUGGUCCCAUUGUCUCCAGUUUCUACCUUAACCACAGCUCCAGCUUCAAUUUCUCCAGUCCAGGUCACAUCUCCAGCGCCGCCUCCGUCCCAGGUUCCUACUUUGGCCUUGGAGUCCCCUCUGGCGCCCCGAAAUCAUCCAGACCUGACACUGAGUCUGUGUCCAGCCUCUGUCUAUGUCCAAGCCCUCUCUCUGUUCAUCAGUCCUCUACCUGAGGCCAGUUUGUGCUCCAUCAGUCUCUGCUAUACUGGCACCAAUCACCACCAACAUGAGCAUGGGGCUCUGGUUUGGUUGAUUCCCCUGAACUCCAUGUGCCCUUCUGUUGCUGUCUACAUGUGGAAGAGGAGGCAGAAAUAUGGAUGCCAGAGGUUGGCCACCAUUAUCACCUGCCUGUACUGGUCCACGAUCAUGUGUCUCCGACAGUCCCCGACAGUCCCCAUCUGUCAACCAGAUGUCCUCAGAAGUUCCCCCGCCCAGUGCCAGUCACCUGAUCCUGCUCCUCCCUCCACACCUGUUUCUCAGUUUUUUGAGGCAGUGCUCUCCAUCAGAGUGGCACACCUCAUUGUUCAAGAGGAAGUUCUCAAGUCGUGGCCCUUUGGCCUCUUGGAGGAGGAUGUGGACAGGCUGAAGGUGGGGGCAGUCGGCCAAUUAGAACCAAAGAACAGACAACAGCAUGCCAGCGAUGUUACUUGCAGCAUACAGUCAAGAGAGGAGCCACGUCUUGUCACCAUGGACUCCCAGGGGAUUGUGACAAGUGGCCCAGACACUAGCUCUGCUCUGCUGGAGGUCGUUGCCAUGGAGACAUGUGGGGUCAACCAGACUCUGCUCGUCAGUGUUCAGGUGUGUGCAGAUGUCGAGUGGCUGUCCACUUUCAGGAGGAGUCUGUUUCCCAGCUGCUCUCCAUUGACCCUCUCAUUUCUCCGUCUGAGCCUCUUUGCAGGGUCAGUCCCCUCUGUCACAGCUGUUCUCAGGUGUCCCAGAGAUGCUUCUCUACCUGCCGGCAUUUCACUGCUUCGCGUCCACCUGGUCCUUACUGAGAUGGGAACCAAGGACGUGCUGUCAUCCCCUUAA